GCCAGAAUCUCGCAAUGAAAAAGGUGAGUUCGUAUACAUGGGUCGUGUGAUAGAUCACCCUGAGGAAUAUGUGGAAGAACAUUAUGACGCUCACCAAUAUCAUGGACAGGACGGAUUAGGCCAAUAUGUGUAUGGUUAUCGUGAUUGGAAUCAGGGCAAGAAUGAAAAGAAGGACGAAUCAGGCACAGUAAGUGGUUCAUAUAAGUAUGUUCAACCCACUGGUCGAGAUUUUGUAGCCAAAUACUACGCGGAUCGUACAGGAUUUCAUGUCGAAGAUAACCGACCUGCCCAUUUGAAGGAGCCUGCCACCAAGACACCGGCAGUUCGCAAAGCUGAGGAAGAGCAUUUUAAACUCUGGGGUGAAUUAGCAGCUGCCAACGGUAACAACCCUGAUCCAUUUGCACCUGAAUAUCAACAACAACGCAAUGAACCUGCGGAAUCGGAAUACAAGGAAUAUGUUCAUCAAGAACCACCUUAUGUUCCUGGACCUGAGGAAACUGGUCCUCCACGAGGCUUCUUCUACGCUUUUGACUAUAAUGUACCCCUAUUGCGAAACAAGAAGGAACGCGAGGAGUUAGAGCAUCUCCGAGCGGAAAAUAAUAAUAAUGAGUGAAAUAUAAGUUUUUUUAAUACAAUCGAUAUACAAUCAAUUGUCUUUUAUCUCAUUCAUACAUUUAGUUGAUUUUAAAAGUAUGUGCAAUUAAAACGCUAAACUAAACUGAAAUGAGAACCUUUCUUAUUAAAAUAAAAUUGUGAAUUACGUUUCGUUGCUAAUUCAGUAAUAAAAAAAGAAAAGAAUAAUGUCCUCAUAACAAUUUUUACCAUAAGUGCUACAUACAUAGAUACAUAUAUAGGUUAUUAUUCAUAAUUACCAUCUAAAAUAUAACCUUUUUGAAUGUGUUGAAAACAUGUAUUUAUGCAACCGAAAUGUUUAGAACAAUAAGUAAAAUAAAUUUAUUGUUCCGCGAAAA